AUGGAUGAAUAUUUAAUGGUAGAAAUUUGCAUUCGUGAAGAAAUUUUAGGUAAAGUAGCAUCAGAAAAAAUACCAGAUAUCCAAAGCAUAGUAUCAGAUGCAGAAAUAGGUUAUAUACUUGAAGUUAAUCUAGAAGUCUCAGUAUAUUUACAUGACUACUUUGCAGAUUAUUCCUUAGCGUUAGAAAAGCAGAUAAUUUCAGAAAAAUGA